AAGUCGCAGGGGCCGGUCGUAGGGAGAAAUUAUUUAGAAUGAAUCAAGGAGGCGGCCUCGCUUGUUGCGCUGUUUGCAACGAGAUAUCUCAGCGGAGAUGUAGUCGCUGUCUCACUACUUAUUAUUGUAAUACUGACCACCAACGACAAGACUGGAAAAGACAUAAAAGUGAGUGUGCACCCAAGUUACCGAAGCAGGGUACGAAAAGUGAUAAUUCAGGUGAACGUACGAUAGUUGGUGAAGAAGCCACGAAGAAAGUGAAAGACGGAACUUCCAACGUCACGGAGGAGAGUCACCAGGAGUGUUCAAAGGAUAGUAGUAAUAAAAGACAUUCAAAAAAAAGUAACUCGAAGUCCGUAAAAAAUAGUGAUAAAGAAGUUGGCACGAUAGGUGUUAGUAAACAUAGCGCACAAGUAUCAACUGAGAACGUUAAACAAAGUGAGCCAAGUACAUCGAAAGCCUCGGGGCACAAUGACAGUAGUGUGAUAUCUAGUGUAGUGUAUACAAACCGCGACUUGUCGACGAGUAGUGCCAUAACUUACGAGGGUUCCUCGGAGCAGGAGGUGUUGCGUGAGACUGCGCAGCUGCUGAGCACCGUGGACUUCUCAGCGCCGAGUACCUCUAAUGUGUUACGGGCAGUGAACAGGACUGACACUGCAAACAUGCCCGUACUGCCUAACUAUGGGGCGGAGCAGGGUACGAGGACGAAGGAGUACCCUGAGGCCUCACUGAAGGGCAGUGGGGCACCAUUUAGUCACAUGCCAAAUAGUUACUACAUGGAUCCGAGUGACUCUUGUUAUGAGAUCUGUCACAGAGUGAUCAGAGAUAUGACUCAGUAUGGUGUUUGUGUUCUGAACAAUUUCCUUGGCAGGGAACGAGGACUUAUGGUGUUAAAUGAAGUGUUAGAAAUGUAUAGAUCAGGAAUAUUCACUGCUGGUCAGCUAGUCAGGUCAAAUUCAGCAACAACAGAAGCUCAAACAAUCCGAAGUGACCUCAUUACGUGGAUAGAUGGCAAGGAACCAAACUGCACCUAUAUCAGACAGUUAAUUAGUCAAGUUGACAAUAUCAUACUGAGAGCGAACAAGAUGGCAAACAAUGGAAAAAUGGGUGACUACGUGAUCAAUGGAAGGACGAAGGCAAUGGUAGCAUGCUACCCCGGCUCAGGCAGCCAUUACGUGAAACAUGUGGAUAACCCAAACAAAGAUGGCCGCUGUAUUACCGCUAUAUACUAUCUGAAUCUCGAUUGGGAUGUCAAACGAUGCGGAGGAUUACUAAGGGUGUUCCCAGAGGGUACGAAUCAAGUAGCCGACAUAGCUCCCAUAUUCGAUAGGAUGCUUUUCUUCUGGUCAGACAGACGAAACCCACACGAGGUCCAGCCUGCAUACAGCACCAGAUAUGCCAUCACGUUAUGGUACUUUGAUGCACAUGAAAGAGAGGAGGCGCGAAGGAAUUUCAAAGAACGCGGCCAACCGUCGUCAAGUAAGUGAUGGCGGCGUCCGUGCGGUCCGCGGCCUGCGCACGCGCACCCCCAACCAAUCAGCGCCGACUGCCUAACUCCUAACACCGGUAUUCUAAAUUAUAUUAGAAGAUUAUAUUUAAAUUAUGUGCUGUUAUUGUUAUAGCGUUGACAGUUAUUGUUAUAUGUAUAACGUUACUGUUUAUAAAAUACUACACUGUACGUAGUUUAAAGUUUAUUUUUUACUUUCGAAGCAGUUUUUUUAAGCAUUAGUAAUUUCAGACUAUAAACUAACAUCAUCCUGCUAAGCAAAAACUGUUUCUAAUACAAUGGUAAUUAGACACACUAUUGUUAGCUGAUUUACGUGUACUAUGAUUUUAUAGUAAACUCCAUAGUAGUCUAGGUUUUUUGUUAUUUUUCUUCUAUGUUCUAUCCUCUAUCUCCUACAAUGGUGCUAUAUUUGCAUCAAUUUGAAUUCAUCAAUUAAUUAUAUCACUUUUCUGUUACUAAUUUUAACGAUUUCAACUUAAGGCAUAUUUUUUUAAAUAAUGUUGCGCUUCAUUACGAUUUUUUCCUGUGUCGUGUGUGCGUUUACAAACAUACAAGUUCACAUACACAUGACAUUUAAACCCGAAACAACAAUCUGUGGAUCACACAAAGAAUUGUUUCGCGGUACAGCAGCAUGUCGCCUAAUCAACGCGGCAACCGUACAGUCUUAAAGACUAUACCUAUAUCUUAUUCUCAACAUAGUCUGUUAUUUUAAUUUUGCAAUUUUCAUUGUUAUUUUGCAAAUUAAAGUAAUCGAACCUAUUAAAAUGGUUAAAAACACUGCUUCUUAAAGUUUUUUUUAACAUGGCGUAUAUAAAUAAUAAAGAAUUGUAACUUUCAAAUAAAAUUUUGACAUUUCCAUUCAAAAAUUAACAUUUACAGUAUCUUAGUUCAUUUCUCUCUCUUUCUUCUCUAGAACGAAGAAAAGAGACAAAUAAUUAUAAUUAUGAACUGUCUGACUGUAACAAUAGCAACACGAUAUGACUGCCUCACUUAGGCUUAAAUAAAUUUAAAUAAAUGUUUAUAUUAACAAAAUAUAAUUAUAGAAUUGUGUGACGAGUGAAUCUAUAUUAAUCGAAGCAGUCAAGCGCGUACAUUGCAUGUCAGUGGUGACAAUUGAAAAACGACCUUAAAUCCUAUGCUAUAAAGCUUAAAGAUGUCACACACAGUUGUCACCACUACUAGGCUACAUUGCAUGUCAGUGGUGACAAUUGAAAAACGACCCUAAAUCUUGUAUGGGAAGGUUUGAAAUCGUAAAACAGUGUCGCCACUGCCAUUCUAUAAAUAAAUAUAAUUUUAUAUUUUUAAAUGUUUAAUUUUCACGUCAAGCGACACAAGAGUCAUAAAUAUUAGAUAGAUAAUAUAAUUAAAUAGAUAGUUGUAGAUAAAUUCAAUAUUUUAUUAUUGUAUGGUUGUUUUUCCAUGCCCCCUAAAGUAUUAAUUUUGUUGAAAUAUAUUUUUUAUUUGGACAUGUGUCUUUUUAGCUGCUUUUUUUACUAUAAAUAUUUUUAAAGAACAUCGUACGUUAUGUAUGUAUUUAUCGCAUGGAAUAUAUAAAACUAUUACUAUAAUAGGGUAGAAAUGUUAAACAAAUAUGAGCCUUAUUUCUAUAGUAAUAAAAGCGCUAAAGACACAUUGUCAUAAUUAUGUUUAGUUUGUCUAUUUUGCAGUGUUAUUCAAUGUUUGAGCUAGUUCGCUGAUGUUUAGUCUUAUUUUCGUUUAUACUGCUACUUUUUGGUCUUUUAGACUAAGGCAAGACUUUCGAACUUUUAGGUAUUGAACUUAGUACGAUAUGUUUCUGGAUGAUAUUUGUUUGUGAAUUUUGAAUUCUUUGUUAUUGUGUCACGUAUGUCUUGUGGCACUCGGCUAUGGACAUUUAAAUUUUAAAUUGUAUCUCUCACAGCUUCGUUUGUUACGUCAAUUUAUUCUAUCACAUUACUACUUAGGAAAAGUGCCUUAAAAUCCGCGUUUAUAUCUUAAGUCCGAAAGUUAUUAAAAAGACCAAAAGUUCAAGCUUUUUCUGAUAGAUCUGUCAAAAUUAUCCGAUACAUUGCCAUGAACAUUACAUUGGCACCAAUGCCACUUGUCUAACGUAGGUACUGUAGCCAGUAGGUUAACCAACUGAUCGGUAUACUUUCAUUAGAUUUUGGACUUUAUGUUAAAACAAUAAAGUUGGAAAUUUAAUAAAAGAGUAAUUUGACCUGCUAGCAUCUAUGUGGCGUCAACGUUGGCUUACGCUUAAUAUUCAAGCCAUGGUGUAGGCGGAGUCGACGAGUAAUGUGUGUAAAAAGUGUAUUUUUCUCCUUAAUUUCUUUCCUUCCUCCACAAACGUCAGUGAACAGUGAGAAUGGCAAAGACUGAAUACAAAUUCGACACGUGUUUAUGAGAUUUCCUACAAAUGUUCGACUGUUGACCUAUUUUUGACCUUAACGUCUUACAUUAAGGUUCAAAAUCAACGUCGAUCGACCGGACAUUUUAUUUAUUUGCCUUUAUUGCAAAUGUUAUUUAUAUUAAUUAAUUAAUUUACUGGCUAAAUUAUAGUUUAAUCAGUAAGUUAUUUAUUAUUUUUUUAUAUACCCGGUUUUCUGUUCUACUGUUAUACUCGGAAUGUUGCCUUGUCAGACGAUCGCACUGAAAUAUAAUUAUGAAGUUAAAUAUUGUUAAAUGCUUUGGUCCUGUUUCAUAAAUACCGAUUAAGGUUCUAUUAGAAGGUAUGCCAAUUAUAUUCGCCUGUUAAGACUAAUAAAAUACUGAAUCGGUGGUUGUCAAACAGGGCCUUGGUUACACAGCGAUUUCCACCGAGUUAUAAAGGUUAUAAAACUGAAAUAUUAAGUUUUUAUUUAGGUGUGUUUAGUCACAAAAUACCUAUCAUGAUCAUGUGACGUUAAAAUACCUCUCACCGACAGUUUUGUAAGAAAUUGAUGUAAAUAAAAAUAAGAAAAAAUGAACCUAAGGUUUGGGUUGAAAUGGACAGACGUUGAUUGAUGUUUUAAAAGUCCUUUCUGUCAGUAUCAUUUGCUAUAUGCGUAAAUUAUGUCUUUGUAUCAACAAAUCAUCAAAUCAAGCUUUUGGCAGGAUUUGUUAGACUCAGUUGACCGAAAUCGACCGAGGCGCCAUCUAGGCACAGCAAAAUUUUGCCUGUCAAACUGUCUUUGUUCCAAACAACGUCUUUUUAUUUCAACCGCAUUAUGCAUACUUAAUUUUUAUUUUAUAAAGAAAUGUUGUGUGUAUAGUAUUGAAUUUUAUACAAAAUUAGUAUAAUUAUUUUGU